AGUUUUUUUGGUUACAAAUGGUGAGAAAUAAAAGAUAGUGUUGGGACACAAUCUAACACGUUCCACUGAUUCACUCUAAAAAGAGUCACCAAACAAAAACACUUGUGCUUAGCUUCAUACUUCUUUCUUUGUCCUCUUCCCUUCUUUCUUCUUUCUUCUUCCUUCUUCCUCAAAUUCACUCAGAUUCUCUCACCAGACACAAACUCCAGAUUCAUCCGACAAUGAAAACUUUCAGAACAUUCCAUCUUUUUCUUUUUCUCUUCUUCACAUUCAUCACUACUACACUGACGUCACCAUCUCAGAUCGCAGACUGUACAAUGUGCACUUCUUGUGACAACCCUUGUCAACCAACCCCUUCUCCUCCACCGCCUUCAAACCCAUCUCCGCCGCCUCCAUCUCCCACCACCACAGUCUGUCCUCCACCUCCUAGCUCCAGCGGUAGUAGUGGUGGUGGUGGCGGUCCAUACUACUACUACCCACCUCCUUCUCAAUCAGGCUCUUACCGUCCACCACCAUCUUCCUCCGGCGGUGGCUACGUCUAUCCACCCCCUAAAAGCGGAGGAAACUACCCUUUCACUCCUCCUCCAAACCCUAUCGUUCCGUACUUUCCGUUUUACUACUACAACCCUCCGCCGCAAUCUGUUAUGUCCGGAUCCGAUGCAAGAAACAGAUUCACUUACGGAUUUACUUUUGUCUUAAUCUUCACUUGUUUUUUGUUACAAUAAUAUAGCAAUACCCCCGAUUAAUAAGAAGAAGAUGAUAUGUAGAGGAAGUCGAAGUAGCUUAUAUUAGUAUCACAAGAUUUUCCUCAGAUCCUUGCAGAGAAGAAGAAGAAGAAGGUAGAGAUUGAAGGCUAUGCAUGAGAGAGAUCUUCACACUACAAUAUUGAAACGAUUACAUUAUUGUUUCUUCUAUAUUUUUACUACUUUUUUUUGUUUUGCUUUGUACAAGUAGAAAUCAUAUAUAAAUGUACUACUACUACUUCUAUCUUUUAACAAAUUUUGUGUUUAGUGAAUGUAACUCUUUCGUUACAAUAAUAAUGAUAAUAAAUAUUUUGAAUAA